AUGAUAUGGUGCAUUUGGAAACGGCAAAAUGAGAAGAUAUGGGACAAUGUCGAGAAGAACACUCACAUUUCUGUUCAGUUUGCACGUGACUAUAAGAUCCAAUGGAAUGCAGCAAGACGACAACAAACUACACCGGAGGAUAGCAACAACAACAUCCAAAUUCGAUGGCUACCACCGAUGAAAGGAGAGGUAAAAUGUAAUGUUGAUGCUGCACUUUUUAAAGAACAUAAUUGUUUUGGUGUUGGAAUGUGUCUUAGAGAUUCUAGAGGUCAUUUUAUGAAAGCAAAAACAACAACAUUUUAUGGUGUGCCUCUUCCAUACGAAGCAGAAGUUUGUGGACUCAAGGAAGCUAUUCUUUGA